GGAAACCCAUCAAAGCUCACAUAAUCUAAUCAACUUCAUUUCAAGAUCCAUUAUCUAUAUAGAUUACUAUUGCUUUUUGUUGUUUUCUUGAAUUCAAUGUCUACUCAUCGCUACUCAACGGUCUUUGCAUUGCACCUCAUAUUUGGUGUUCUUACGAUGAUGAGCUUUGAUUUCUUCAUGACAGCAAGUGCAAGGCAUCUUUUGGAGACACCAUUACCUAAGGUACCCGAAGAGCUUCCAAAGCCUGAAAUGCCUACUUUGCCAAAGCCUCAGCUUCCUCCACUACCAAAGUUUGAGUUACCUCCAUUGCCUCACCUUCCACCUUUGGAAAAGCCUAAACUUCCUGAAUUGCCAAAGUAUGAACUUCCAAAGUUUCCUGAAUUACCAAAAGUACCUAGUUUUGAUCUCUCCAAAAUCCCUGAAGUUCCAAGUUUGCCUAAGUUUGAUAUUUCGAAGUUGCCCGAAGUUUCAAAUCCACCAAAAUCUGAACUUCCAAAAUUACCUGAAUUGCCAAAUGUGCCUAAACCAGAACUUCCUAAAUUACCUGAAUUACCACUUCUCCCAAAACCAGUUCUUCCUACUCUUCCAAAAGACAUGUCUUUCCCUUCAUUUAGCCCACCCCACGUGACCACAUCAAACCCUUGAAUAGCACAUACUCAUCUAAAGCAUUAGAAAAUGAAUUGUUUUUCGUUUUUGGUUGUGUAACUUUCUGAUCUUUUACUUAUACGAUUUCUGAUUAGUGUGAGAUUGUUAUAGUGUGUUUGUUUUUCUUUUCCUAUGAGCAUUUUGAUAUAGUUAUAUGAUCUCUUCUUAUAAGCCAUAUAUAUAUAUAUAUAUAAUAUGAAUGGAUACUUCUUUUAGUGUGUGACAUACCGUCA